AUGAAAGUGAGCAUCGCUCAUUUGGCGGCUCGUCUUGUCUGUCUGUUAUCAGCCCUAACUGCUGUAUUCACUGUCAUCAUUUGCCUUCAUCUUUCUUCGAAAAUUCAAAAUACUGAAAAUGAAAUAAUGGGGAAGCAGUCGGCGUUCAAGGCUAAAUCUCAAGUAAUCUGGGCGGAGCUUAGACAAAUCGAACACCCAGCUCGUUUCCAAAGAAACGCCUAUGGUUCGAACGAUGAGAAGAAGGGAAUCUUGCAUCAAUGUAGUCAAUGCACCCGCCUUCAUUGCCCACAAGGACCUAUCGGAGAAGAGGGAGCACCAGGAAACGACGGACAACCAGGAACUCCUGGAAAGCCAGGAUCUCCAGGAUUAGAAGGAACCGAUGUUGACCUAGAACCCCAGGAUGAGCUUCCUUGUUCAAUUUGUCCAUCUGGACCACAAGGACCACGCGGAGCACAAGGUGAACGUGGACUUCCAGGAAACGCUGGAAGAAAGGGUAAAUCCGGGAAAUCCGGUCAUCCAGGACAGCCAGGAGGAAUCGGAGCCAGUGGAGCCAAGGGACCAACAGGACCACGUGGAACGAAUGGGGUGAAAGGGCCACCAGGAGAAACAAUUAUUGCUGGAGAAGGAAUCAAGGGUCCACCAGGGUUGGCAGGAUCACAAGGGCCAAAAGGACCACCGGGCAAUCCAGGAAGACCUUCCAACAUUCGGGGACCACCAGGAAAAGCUGGUCAACAAGGAGGAAUUGGGGCUACUGGAAAGUUCGGUAAAUUCGGAGAACAAGGAGGAAUCGGAGCACCAGGAGAGCCAGGUCUCCCAGCUGCCUACUGUCCCUCAGAUUGUGGAGUUAACACGAUUCUCUCUCAAUUCGGAUCUCGUGCUCAACAUCCAGAAUCUAUUAAUGGGGAAGAUAAUGGAGCUCCAGCAUCAAAUCCAGAAGAAUAUGGAAGAGAUGAAGAAGAGUCUGCCGAAUAUCCAGCUCCACCAGCACCUCAGCCAACUGUUCAACAACAACAAGAGACUGCAGCUGCUAGCUCGGUGCCAGAGGAAUCAUUUGAAGAGUCGUCUUAUAGAAGCUUCUUUGGGCAUUAA